AUGUACGAUGGGUGCGCGAUCACCCCAGACAUCCGCGGAAUUGGUCUGGCUUCCGGAAAGCCUAUGACAUUAUUCUUAACAGCAUCUAGUACCGCAGGAUCGGCAGCAGCAGCACAAGCCAAAUAUGAAUAUAGCAUGGACGAAACACUCGCAACUUUUGUAUUCGUGACGAUAUUUCUCCUCGGCCAGGUGCUAGGUACCAUUGUGUUUCCCCCAUGGUCGGAGUCAUUUGGGCGUAAAAAGAUGUACAUCUUCAGUAGUGGCCUCAGCGCCAUUUGCUGCAUGAUCAUCGGUCUGGUACACCCAAUCUCCGCUAUCAUUGUUGUGCGAAUCGUGGCUGGAAUGCUUUCCGCGAUUCCGUAUACUAUCAUCGGUGGUACCAUUGAAGACAUGUUCAAUGCACAUGCUCGGAUAUGGGCCAUGUUCUAUUGGACUAUUGCAUCCAACAUAGGUCUAAUUUUGGGACCGAUCAUGAGCAGCUACAUUAUUGCAGGUCUCGAUUGGCGAUGGAACUUCUACAUUUUCGCUAUCAUUAUCGGUGUCCUCACUGCUGGUCUUUGUCUGAUUCGCGAGUCUCGACCUUCCUUACUGCUGGCCCGCGAGGUAGAACAUCUUCGCACUAUCACAACCAUACAAUCCAUCCCGCCAUCCCUUAAUCAUGAUCAUAUCCCAAGUCUCCACGGUUUCAUGAAGGAAUCACUCAUACGUCCAGCCCAGCUCUUCUUCCAAGAGCCCAUCAUCUUCACUGUUUCAAUGAUGGUUUCUGUGGUCAUGUCGCUCAUCUACAUCUUCACGGAAUCUCUUCAGUCCAUUUUCCAGGCUGUGGGAUUCAGCGAAGCCCACGCCUCAUUAAUCUUCAUCACAAUCGGUCUUGGAACCGUUCUCAGCACUUUUACACGCUUCCUGGACUCAUACAUCUUGAACUACCUUCGUCGCCAAGGACGCCCAAUCAAACCCGAACACAAGCUCAUUGGGCUCGUAAUCGGUGCUCCCUUUUUAGCUAUUGGCUUAUGGUGGUUCGCCUGGACCAUUCCGCCAGAUGUGCAAACCUCAUGGAUUGUACCCGCACUAUCUCUCGUUUUUGUGGGAUAUGCACUCACAGAACUGGAUACGGCACUAUAUGGGUACAUCUCGGAUAGUUAUCUGAGCUACUCAGCCAGUGCGUCCGCUGCGAUUGCAUUCAUGCGAGCGCUCGUGUCUGGUGUCGUCCCACUUUUUACGAAGCAAAUGUUCAGUGGACUGGGCAAUAACAUUGCCAUGACUGUGCUUGCAGUCGUGGCUACGGUGUUUUGUAUAGUUCCCCCUGUCUUUGUUUUUUAUGGAGAGCGGAUCCGGCAGGCCAGCAAAUUCGCUCGGUAUAGUUGGGAGAUCCAGGAGCAGAUGGGUAAAGAUGAGGAUGAUUGGUGA